UUUAAAUAAAAUUGACAGAACAAUAAUAAAUAAAUAUCUAAACGUAAUAAAUAAAAAGAAAACAAAUAAGAAAUGUUUGGUUUUCCGAGUCCGUUUACGAGAACAUCUCGAAAUGUAAAUCCAACAUCGUCUUCAUCGUCAUCGUCGUCGUUGUUAUUGUUAAAUCCUAAAUUAAAAAAGAAUAAAAAAUCAUCAUCAACGAAAAGAAGAGGAUCGGAAGCAACAACAACAAGUGAGGAGGGUUCAGGAUCAUCAUCGAUCAAAUAUAUCGAUCAGGAACCAUCAUCAAUAUCGGCAGGUAGCAGUACAGAUACUUUACCUGGAAUUAGGAUAGAUUAUUUAGACGUUGAUCCAUUGUCACCUUUACCAAAGGAUACCUUGAGAUCAUCAUCACCUAACGAUGUUACUGUACAUUUAAAUGGUAUCAGUUUGAUGAAGGAUUCAUCGUCACCAUCAACGUCAACCAGUUGUUCAUCACCUUCAUCAUCAUCCGGCAAUGGUAAUUUAACUGCCAAUAAUACUAGUAAUAAUACAAGUAACACUGAAUUGUCAUCGUCAACGUCAACCUCGUCGUCAUCUUCAUUGUCACCUGCUGCAACAUCUUCUGCUGCUGUUGCAGUUAAUAUUGGUGCUAGUGUUGAAAGUAGGAAUGAUUUAAUUACAAAUAGAUUUUUGGAUGAAAAUAAAACUGAAACUGAAGAGGAAGAAGAAGAAGAAGAAGAUGAAGAAAGGAAUAUUAAUAAUAGCAGUGAUGUUGGUAUUGGUGGUACAACUACAAGUAAUCCUGAAGUUUCAUCUUCAAGAGUAUCACUUUUGUCUCCUGUAAAUGUCACCAAUCAUUCAACUAGUGAUGAUUUAAUUUCUAUAGAAAAUGGAUUUUCUGCUAGCGAGGAGGAAGAAGAAGAAGAAGAAGAUGAUGAUGAUGAUGAAGAAGAAGAAGAAGACGAGGAGGAGGAGGAAGAAGAAGAAGAAGAGUUGGAGGAGGAGGAGUAUGAGGAAGAAGAUAACGCUGAAACAGAAGAAGCUUCCUCGUUGCCAUCCAGUCCUGCAGCUGCUUCGAAAGUUGUUUUAACAUCGACCAGUACCGUACCGUAUUAUCAAUUUCUUUCUGUUAACGGUUGCACCGCAAUAAGACAAGAUAAUAAUAAAACAACUAAUACUGCGAGUUCAACUAAACUUACAAGUGGUGGUAUGGCAGGUGUUGUUUCAUCGACAACAAGAUCAUCAAGUUGUGAAUCUGGUAGCAGCGAUAACAACACUCGUGAUCCAUUAUACGAUGACAAUUCAUUGACAACUUGUUAUUCAAUGCUAGAUGACAAUUCUAUGGAAGUUGAAUCUAUGAUCAAUUCGUGUCCAGUUACAUUAAGUUUAACACCACCCAACAAAGUACCUGCCGCUCCACGUUCUUGUAAUAUUUUAGAAAGACUUUUAGAAGACAUUUAUACCAUCGGUAGACCGGAACCAUUAGCUGGUUAUGGUCCUAGAUUUAAACUAUUGGAAGAAGGAGAUGUACAAGUUUAUUAUUUUGAUCAUGACGAUAGGACACUCGUCAGGAAAAUAAUGUUUAUUAAAUUUUUACGCAGAUGGGAGACGCAUCAUAUUUAUUUGAACGACGAUUGCUUGUCAUCCAAAACGGCCACUGGUUUCUUACAACAACCAAUACCGUAUAACAGUUUCUACGUUGAGAAAUAUGCAGUUGGUAGAUUAGGAACGACAUAUAAAAGUUGUUUAAGAUUAUAUCUACGCAAUGGUUCAUUAUUAUUACAAGCAAAUGAUUCUUAUACCAGGGACCAGUGGUAUCAUUCCAUUAAUUGGAAGAAAAGUCUUCAUCAAUUUAAAUGCAAAUCAUUUGUCAGUACAGAAAACAUAGCCGUAAGGGAAUUACGUUUAAUGGUAGAGUUUGCAUUGUCAACACCGCUUCAGGAUGAAAGAGUUGCAACAGCAGCUAUGGAAGCGGUAGCUAAAUUAUUGGAGGCACCUUGGGGUGGUUCUAGAUCAUUGAUAGAACAGCAAGAUGAUGUGGAUGAUGAAAAGAAAAAAAAAGUUGAAGUAACCAAAGAAGAGGAAGGUAGUUGGGCUUUGUUCAUAUUACCGGUUGUAGCACCGCUCUUAGAAAGGGCUGCUCCACCUGCUGCGUUAGCUCGUGUAUUAACUAGAUUAGUACGACAACAUCCUAAAUUUAGUUUAGUCAAGUAUCUAGCUCCGGCUGUCACAAGGUGCCUCAAACAUACCGUCGAUUUUGGCAAGUCUCCUGAUAUGAGAAAACUCUUGCAAGUAUUUGUCGCAGCACUUUAUGAAAGUAAUGAGGGUAACGAUGGUGAAAGAGCUAUCAGAGAAUAUAUCGCAUCGGUUCAUGGUCCUGGAAGCGAUUGUCCACAUCCAAGAGUAUUACCCAAUUUGGUUUCAGUCUGUGUCGCUGCUAUAUUUCAUAGGUUCGAAGAUAGCAAUGUAAGCGAGGAUAAGCCAUUACCACCUCUCAAUUGUUAUCUUUUAGUUCUAAACGUAGCCUCAGAGUAUGCCGAUUGGAGACCUGGUUUAGCUGGUUUGUUACAACCUGUACCAUUUCCUGAAGAAGCUCUAACCGUUAAAGAAGUACAGAAGUCAAUUCUUAGCCGUGCAAUACGACGUUUGGCUAAAGAUUCCAGAUGUUCGGUUCAUCAAGUUCUACUUCCAGUUAGAGAACCAAGACCAGGUUGGCUUCACAUAGCUGCACCAUCUAGUCCAGCUUGUCCUGACCGUGGUGAACUUUUUGGUGAAAUGUUGACUACACUACUGGGAUGUUGUUGUCGAAGAAAAAGAUUUGUCGGAUCGUUGAUGAAACAAGCCAAAGACGAUUGUAUUCUCCUUGCUGUCAGAGGAUGCGGUGCUGCUCAAGAAGCACUUUGCCUUAUGCUCGAGUGGCGUCUACUGCCAAAUGAAGAAGCUAGGCUUCAGAUAGUCAAUGCCCUCGAAUCUACUUCCUCUGGUAAAACUCGUUACGCUGCACUUUGUCAAAGGCAAAGGAAUUUACAAGAAUUGCAACAAAAAGGUGGUCCAAAAAAAUUAACGCUACCAGUAAGAGCAACGGAUGCCGAUGUUGCUCUCCUUCUUGGUGGACGUGCAUUAGGAAAUUUAGAAUGUCUCAGUUUAGCAUUUACAUCAGUUACAUCUGCCUGUGCCGAACAGUUGAUCAAACUACCAGCAUUGAGGUAUUUGAACCUCUGGGCAACUCAAUUCGGUGAUGCCGGAUUGCAAAUGAUCAGUGAACACUUGCAAAAAUUGCAGGUAUUAAAUCUAUGUGAAACACCUGUCUCUGACAAAGGCAUCUCUACUCUAGCUUCUUUGACAAAUCUGAGAAAACUUAAUUUAAACAGCACCAAAUUAUCGGCUCAAACGUUCGAAUCGUUGAAGAAAAGAUUACCAGCGUUGCAAGAAUUUGAUGUUCGUUAUACAGAAGCAUGGUGACCAGAACCAAUAUCGGGUCGCAAUCAUAAAAAGACAUAAAUUCAUUCGAAGAAGAGGGAACAUGUCAUAUAAAAGAUGUUUAAAAAAAAAAGAAAAAAAGAAAAAAA